UCCCUUGUUCGAUUGGUGGGGAAUGGAGAGCCAACGAGGCACCCCUGUAGUGGUGAAAAUGGAGAACCCCAACUGGUCGAUCUCGGAGAUCUCAUCGCUUGAGGACGACGAAGACAUCUCCGGUGGCGACGAGUUCGCCGGCGCACGGAAAGGCGGAAAGGGAAAGAAUGCGAAACAAAUCACUUGGGUUCUUCUCCUCAAAGCCCACCGCGCUGCCGGCUGCCUCACUUCACUUGCCUCUGCUGUCGUGGGUCUCGCCUCCGCAAUUCGCCGCCGCGUGGCCUCUGGCCGAACGGACUCCGACUCCGACGAGAGCCCAGCUCUUCGUCGCCGCUUCUACUUCAGCAUUAAAAUAUUUCUUCUGCUUUCCAUCUUUCUCCUCGCGUUUGAGAUUGCGGCGUAUGUGAAAGGCUGGCACAUUUCCGCCACUGAGCUCCAUAGCUUCAAGUUUCCAUCUUUAAGGGUUCGGAGCAUUUUCGGCUCCAUGUAUACAGGCUGGGUCAUCUUUCGCUCAGAGUACAUAGCUCCACUACUUCAGUUUCUUGCCAACGCCUGUGUCAUCCUCUUCCUGAUUCAAAGUGCGGACCGCGUCAUUCUUUGUUUCGGAUGCUUUUGGAUCCGCUUCAAGAGGAUCAAACCUGUUAUCAAACCGACUAAAGAAGAUGUCGAAGAUGGUAAAUACUUCCCCAUGGUUCUCAUCCAGAUACCCAUGUGCAAUGAGAGAGAGGUUUACCAGCAAUCUAUCGCUGCAAUUUGUAACCUCGAUUGGCCAAAAUCGAAAAUGGUCAUCCAGGUUUUGGAUGAUUCUGAUGAUCUGACUACACAGGCCAUGAUUAGGGAGGAGGUGGACAAGUGGGAACAAACUGGCGUUGGAAUCAUCUACCGCCACCGAGUCAUCAGAGAUGGCUACAAGGCUGGAAAUUUAAAGUCAGCCAUGACCUGUAGCUAUGUUAGGGAUUAUGAAUUCGUAGCCAUCUUCGAUGCCGACUUCCAACCCUCUCCGGAUUUCUUGAAGCGAACAGUUCCGCAUUUCAAGGAUAACGAUGAGCUAGCAUUAGUUCAAGCCAGGUGGUCUUUUAUUAACAAAGAUGAGAACUUGUUGACCAGGCUUCAAAACAUCAAUCUUUGCUUCCAUUUUGAGGUCGAGCAGCAGGUGAAUGGGAUUUUUCUGAACUUUUUUGGGUUCAAUGGAACCGCUGGAGUUUGGAGAAUCAAAGCAUUGGAGGAUGCUGGGGGAUGGCUGGAGAGGACAACAGUUGAGGAUAUGGACAUUGCUGUUAGGGCUCAUCUCAAGGGUUGGAAGUUCGUCUUCUUGAAUGAUGUUGAGUGUCAAUGUGAAUUGCCAGAAUCCUAUGAAGCUUACAGGAAGCAGCAGCACCGGUGGCAUUCCGGGCCAAUGCAUUUGUUCAGGCUUUGUUUGCCGGAUAUUAUCAGAUCGAAGAUUGCAUUCUGGAAGAAGGCCAAUCUCAUCUUCCUCUUCUUUCUGCUCCGCAAACUCAUCUUACCAUUCUAUUCAUUUACCCUCUUCUGCAUCAUACUCCCCAUGACAAUGUUCGUACCCGAAGCUGAACUCCCAACCUGGGUUGUCUGCUACAUCCCAGCUACAAUGUCUUUUCUCAACAUUCUUCCUGCUCCGAGAUCUUUUCCGUUCAUCGUCCCCUACCUCUUGUUUGAGAACACUAUGUCCGUCACCAAGUUCAACGCCAUGAUAUCGGGCCUGUUUCAACUCGGUAGUGCAUAUGAAUGGGUGGUUACCAAGAAAUCUGGCCGUUCUUCAGAAGGUGACCUCGUGUCCCUGUCUGGGAAAGAAACUAAGCACCAUCGUGGAAGUUCUGCUCCUGCCCUCGAUUCUGUCGCCAUUGAAUUGACAAUGGAGAAGAAACUUCCAAAAAAAAAGCACAACAGAAUCUAUCGAAAAGAGCUCUCCCUCGCCUUUCUUCUUCUAACUGCUGCAGCUCGCAGCUUGCUUUCCGCCCAAGGCGUCCAUUUCUACUUUUUGCUCUUCCAAGGUAUCUCUUUUUUGUUGGUUGGUCUUGACCUAAUAGGCGAGCAGAUCGAGUAAUUCGAACAGGAGAGUUUACAUGCAAAGCCUUUCAGAAAAGCAAAAGGGUGGAUGGUGUUAGCCAUUCACUUAAGUGGGAAGGUAAGAGAGGGUGAAUUCAGAAGCAAACCGUUGGUGCUGUAGAUAUUCUUAUUCUCGGGCCUGUUAGAUGCUUCAGAUUCUUUCAAUCUUCCAUUUUUUUUUCAUAAAAUUUUGAUAGCCUUUGAAGACAACUAUGAAUGUACUAGAAUAAUUCAAUUAUGUGUUAUUGUUAAAUAUGUGGAUAUCAACAUCUU